AUGGUGGACAAGAAGUGGCUGUUAAGUCCUGGGCCACUGGAACCAAUGCCCCUGGGCAUGAACUGCAAGCCCUGGUACAAAGACAGGUUACCUUCCAAGUGUUUCGCAAAGCACAAGAACAAGCUUCUGAAGUUCCCCACCACCCUGGACAGCCGGCGGUGGAUAUUUGUGAAAGAGGGGCUGGACGACUUCAGGAGGGGAUGUCCACCUUGUGAAGAUCUGAUCACACGCAGCCCUAAGGAAGGCUUUCUUCCCAUGAUUGCUCACAGACUUCCCAAACCUGCCCUCACAAAGAAUCAGAAAAAGCUGACCCACGAAGCAGACCUGUUCUCCACACUGUCGCCAGCCCAGCUAGCGCGGAAGGCAUUCGUAAAGGAUAUCGAAGACCACCUGACUGAGCAUCCCUUGGCUCUCUACCCAAGUCUGGAGAAAGAUCUACCUCCAGAUCUCUUAUUAAAGGUGCUGGAAGUGCUCGAUCCUGACAAGAAGCUGAAGGACACGUGGACUUAUUGUCAGAACACUGAGAAAAUAACGAAGCCCCCCACAAAGCUUAGUGAGAAACGUCCUGCCAAAGUCAACCCGGAACUUCCCAAGAAGACUCCUGGGUCACAUCCAGACAAGUUGCCUCAUGAAGAAAGGAGAUCAAGCACAAAGGAUUUGCUCAAAAAUCCUGCCCCUCAUAGAAAAGUACCGAGAGGAGUCCGGAAAUUCUGCAAAUGGAUUGCUACUUUUGGAGACUUGGGCAUUGAUGAAGAAUUCAUCAUGAAACAGUUUGACAUUGGCUAUGAAUGCAAACCAACCUAUGACAGGAGCCACACGAAGAAAGUAAACCAUGUUCCUUUGGACCUAAAGUACAGAAUGGGGCUAGAUAAAAUGGAUGAUAUAAAAUUCUCCAUAUACUGGGAAAAUUGGGAGAGGAAACUCAAGACACCACAGAAUCCUUACAAACCCAACUGGGUGAAGAUGAGGUAUGGAGCAUGGUACCUGAAGCCCAAGUUGUGGAAAAAUCUAAUAAAUGAUGAACCUUUGAUUGAUCCCAAGGUCUUACAUGAAGCUCAAGAUGGGAGAUAUGGAAAGAAUUUUCCUGAACAGGAUAUUCUUGAAGAUCUUUAUGGAACAAUUGCUUUUAAAGAUUUUAUUCUAAACAAGGGCUAUAGGAUGCCAGGCUUCCUUGAGAAGUUAUUCAUCAGGAAGGGAUGGAAAUAUGAUUCUGUUAGGACUCCUAUACACCAAGUAAAAAUAAACUCAAAUGUAGAAAAUGCACAUGAAGGUGUUUAA